UCAGGGCCAUGUUUACAAGUGACAUGGCGGAAAGUCGUCAGAAGACGGUUGUUUUACAGGGUUUGGAUGCAGGUAUGUUCGAGGAGAUUCUGAAUUUCUUCUACUCGGGAACCCUCCAUGUAACCCUGGACAAAGUGCAGCCCCUGUACCAGGCAGCCGACCUCCUCCAACUGGACUAUGUGAGAGACACCUGCAGCGGCUACAUGGCCAUAAACGUGGUGCGCUCCACCUGUAUGGACCUGUACAAGUUUGCUGAUGUCUUCUCUGUGGACAUUGUUCAUAAAUGUUGUCUGCAGUGGAUCACCAGACACUUUACUGAGGUUGCCUCCAGUGAGGAGUUCUGCAGCCUGAGUGUGAAUCAGCUGACUGAGAUCAUCAGCCAUGAUGAGCUGGAUGUUAAAGAGGAGACAACAGUGUGGGAGGCUGUGGUGAGAUGGGUACAGUACAGCAGGGAGGACAGACUGCACCACCUACCCAGCAUCCUCCCUCACAUCCGCUUCUACCUGCUGUCCUCAGAUGACACGGCAGCCAUCUUGGAUCACCCCGUGGUCAGGGAGGAUCCUGGGAGCUGUGAGGUCAUCAGGAAUGUGGUACAGAAAGGAAACCCCAACCUCAAUCAGAGGCUUAGAUUGUCAACUGAAAUGGUUCUGCUGUCCAUUGAAAAUUCCAGUGAUCUCCUCUUCAUGAACCCUCGGGAAGGGAAGUACAUCACCUGCAGUUAUGAUCGUAAAGACCUUCCUAACUACCCAGAUUUGAUAGUUACCAGUGAUAACAACAUCUACAGCCUGACUCGUGAGCAAGGGAGUAACAAUCAGUUGUCCGUGGUUAAGUACAACUAUGCGGAGAAUGUGUGGGAAGAUGCUGGUAUGUCCUCAGUAUUUUCUAAGUGGCUUAGGCUGGAAAAGGAUAUAAAAUUCUACCAUGAGCAACUUGUCGAAGUUGAUCGGACUUUAUACUACCUUGCUGAAAAUGUAAGUGAAGGUGUGUGGAUGAGAAAGUACAACAGGCACAUAGAUCAGUGGCUGGAGUGUUCACCGCUGAAAUUUGACAAUGCCUCAUACAACUACAGUACAGCAGUGUCCUGCGGUUCACACCUCUAUUUCAUCACAACCACGGAGGCGCAUCGCUACGACCCGAGCGAGGACUGUUGGUGUAAGAGGACCCCACCGUCGAACUCUAGUGAUCUCUGUACAGCCGUUGCCAUUGGAACAGAGAUUUUCUGCACAGAUCAUGACUUCACCCAGACUAUGGUGUACGACACAGAGUCAGACUGCUGGCAGAAGCUGCAAGGCUGGCCAGACCCAGGAAACCACCGUGAUGUUGAUGUGUGUCCCACUCUUUUUGUAAUGGAGAACCAGCUGCACGUCUGGUUCACAUGUGGUUAUGAUGAGGAUAUAAAAGAACACCUAGUAUAUGUGUAUGACAAAUCUGCUGGUGCCUGGAGAGACUUGAAAGCCACCCUGCCUAGUAGUAAUAAGACUUAUUUAACAUGUGGUUCUCAGUGCCCUGUUGCACGUAUAUACCUACCAGAUCUGUAAAAGGCAUAAAAACAGUGAUUCACUUCUUAUGCUUUUCAGCGUUAGUAUGCAGUAUAAGGACCCACAGUGCACUGCCCUGCUUGACUGUUAAAUUACGUUUUUGUUUAGAUGUUUGGUUUUGCUGAAUACCCUCACAAAUGGGAGAAACAUUUUAGUACGUUUAAUACUUUGAGGUACCACUUUUUUUCUUUGAUAUAAAAACAUUACUGUUCUCUUGUAGGCAAAGGAUAUUUUUCUACCGACGAGAUGUUCUGUGUCUUAAAACCAACAGCAGUGAUAAACAAAUACCACACUUGUCAUUGAUUUUAAAGUUCACUGUACAUGUGUUAUAUUUUAAGAUUCUAUUUUUUGCUGCAGUGUACUAUUGCUAUUGUUUUUUUCUUUAAUCAUGUAAUAUGUUAGCCUGAAUAUGUUGCACUUCUAGCAGCCCUCCACUGGUCAGGCCCUUUAGGAGAGGACUCACAGAGCCUAGGGCUUUUACUGAAGAGGCCAGGGCUCGAAAUAUCAUCGAAAAUUACCUGCGCCAGACAGAUUUUACCUGCACCACUCUGAAUUUAGGAAGUAUGGAUCAUACUGAAAUUGUUCAGGAACCAUCACUUUAUACUUAAUAGGUAGUAACAGUCAAUGCAGCUAAUAACAUUAUCUACAUGCACCUACAUCAUAGGAAAUUUAUGUAUAAAACCCAGUACAUGGACCAGUGCAGGUUAGGUGCAGGUAGACAUCAGAUAUAUCUGCCAGUAUUUCGAGCCCUGAGAGGCCAACUGUUGAGUUACGGAUAUUCAUUAACAGUACACCAGUCUAUGAAUGUAGAAUAAUUUAUACACUUUGGUCAUUAACCCUUUUUGAAAUAAACAAUGUGGAGCUGUA